UAGUGGUCCGACAGGCAUGACGGUGAAGAGAAACUGGGUCACCGAUCGAGAAUCGUUUAUGUCACAGUUCUGUGGGUUGCUAUUACAUUUUUCCAGCGGCUCCCAAUGGAUAGACUAAUUUCGUUGGACCGAGUGGAUAAACAUUUUGCACCAGCUGUUUGAGGAUCAAAUCAUAACAGACAAGACCUAUCGCAUCCAACUGGAUGAAACUAGGUCAGACUGAAUCCAACUGCACUGAGACCAGAUCACAACAAACCGACCAGACUAAUCCAGAAACUCUCAGGUCCAUCCAGGAGACCUGUUCCAUUUCCCUAUCCAGUUGAGGGCGCGAGAGUGGAUGGAAGGAGAUGAUUUUAACACAGAGGCUGUGAUGAACAUCUGUGAUGACCUGAUGGCAGACCAAAGGAUGGACAUUUCGUCUACCAUGACUGACUUCAUGUCCCCGGGCUCCACCGACCUCAUCUCCAGCUCCAUCAGCACGCCUGGCAUGGACUACACCCGCAAGAGGAAGGGCAGCACCACCGACUACCAAAUUGAUGGCUUCUCAUUCGAUGAUAUGGACCCAGACAAAGACAAAAUGGGAGGUGACCACCAGGGCAGGAUUAAGAAUGCCAGGGAGGCCCACAGCCAAAUCGAGAAGCGUCGCAGGGACAAGAUGAACAGCUUCAUCGACGAGCUCGCCUCACUGGUGCCCACCUGUAACGCCAUGUCCCGCAAGCUUGACAAGCUGACGGUCCUGCGCAUGGCUGUCCAGCACAUGAAGACACUCAGAGGUGCAGCCAACCCCUACACAGAGGCCAACUACAAGCCUUCCUUCCUCUCAGAUGAUGAACUGAAGCACUUGAUACUAAGGGCUGCUGAUGGUUUCCUGUUUGUGGUCGGCUGUGACCGUGGAAAGAUCCUCUUUGUGUCUGAAUCGGUGUACAAGAUUCUCAAUUACAGCCAGAAUGACCUGAUAGGUCAGAGCCUGUUCGACUACCUUCACCCUAAGGACAUAGCCAAGGUCAAGGAGCAGCUGUCCUCUUCCGACACAGCGCCACGAGAGAGGCUCAUUGACGCUAAAACCGGUCUUCCAGUGAAGACGGACAUCACCCCGGGUCCUUCUAGACUCUGUUCUGGAGCAAGACGGUCGUUUUUCUGCAGGAUGAAAUGUAACAGGCCUUCUGUCAAAGUAGAGGACAAAGACUUUCCCUCCACUUGCUCUAAGAAAAAAGCAGACCGUAAGAGCUUCUGCACAAUCCACAGUACAGGCUACCUGAAGAGCUGGCCGCCUACCAAGAUGGGUCUGGACGAGGACAACGAGCCGGACAACGAGGGCUGCAACCUGAGCUGCCUGGUGGCCAUCGGCCGCCUGCAUCCCCACAUCGUCCCCCAACCCAGCCUGGCAGACAUCAGGGUGAAGCCCACAGAGUACGUCUCCCGGCACGCCAUCGACGGCAAAUUUGUCUUCGUGGACCAGAGAGCAACAGCCAUCCUAGCCUACCUGCCCCAGGAGCUGCUGGGAACCUCCUUCUAUGAGUAUUUCCACCAGGAUGACAUCGGCCACCUGGCAGAGUGCCACAGACAAGUGCUUCAGAUGCGAGAGAAGAUCAACACCAACUGUUACAAAUUCAAAAUAAAAGAUGGCUCCUUUAUCACGCUGAGGAGCCGCUGGUUCAGCUUUAUGAACCCCUGGACCAAGGAGGUGGAGUACAUCGUCUCCACCAACACAGUUGUGUCGUGUCCCAUGAUGGAAGUAUCAGAAUACCCUCAAUCUGCUGCCUCACCUCAGAGCAUGGACAGUGUUCUCACCUCAGAGGGUGGAGGGAGGCGGGCGCUGCAGACGGUGCCUGGCAUCCCUGGUGGCACAAGAGCAGGAGCAGGCAAGAUUGGACGCAUGAUUGCAGAGGAAGUGAUGGAAAUCCAAAGGAUUCGAGGCUCCUCUCCGUCAAGCUGUGGCUCUAGCCCUCUGAACAUCACCAGCACCCCUCCACCCGACACCUGCUCCCCAGGGGGCAAGAAGAUUCAGAAUGGAGGGACACCUGAUCUGCCCAGCACAGGGAUCAUUCCUGGACCUGAUUCUGUAGGCUACCCAUACUCCAACCAGUCCAUCAUGAGUGACAACUCCCACCUGAGCAUAGACAUCAUGGACGAGCCCGGUUCUAGCAGCCCUAGCAACGACGAAGCGGCCAUGGCGGUCAUCAUGUCCCUGCUGGAGGCGGACGCCGGCCUGGGAGGCCCCGUGGACUUCAGCGACCUGCCCUGGCCUUUGUGAGGAAGCUGUAAGGGAAAAAAGCAGAGAAAGACUGCCUCUGAGCACCAGAGCCACUGAAGGACAGAUUCCAGUCAGGUUGAAUUCUGGCUGCCAUUUUUCUUGCUUUUUGCACACGACUACACUGCAAAAAAUGUCUGUUUCAACAAAUGAUUUUUUAAAAUGAAAAUGUCUGUUGAUUGCACAGAUUUUUCCUAAAAGAGCAACACACAAAUGGAGAUGAUGUCAGUCUGAGUGGCUCCUGCUGAAGUUAGGAAUCCACUCAUACUUUUUGAUUCAUCAUUCCCUGCGAGUGGACAAGUGUGAUAUUUUUUGCAGUGAAAGUUGCAUGCAGACGAGAUGUUCCCUUACAUCGCCACAGUGACUGACCAUUACACUUAACAACAGUGGGGCAGAUUACAGGACUGUGCUGCUAAUGUGCCUGCUGAUGGAUCGAGCUCUGUCGAACAGUGGCUCUGGGUCAGCAGCCAGCCCACUCACCAACACAGGACUCCAAAGACAUUCACAGACACUCAUCCAAGGUUGAUGGGGAGAGGAGGAGUGUUUGGUGGGGAGCAGUCGAUGUCUGCCUCAUGCUGCGACCAACUCAACAUCUGGAUAAUGUUCAAGUCUCGUGGUGAGAUGUCGUGUGUGGUGCGCACCCCCUACCCAGCUGAUAUUCAACAUGGGUAAUGAACACACAGCAGUUUUUCUCUGUGGACUCGCGUGUAAGAUUCUAAAAAAGGUUUAUUUCCCAGCCACAAAUUAUCACUAACAUGUAUUUCAGUUCAUUUAAAUAAUGACUAAAUAUUAUGUGUUGAAGCCACCUUGCUGCUGUUUCCUCAACUUACAUAAGCGGUAACACACUUUUCUCCAACUUCCUCUUAAGCUCAUCCUCAGAAAAUAUUUUCCCAGAAGGAUUGAGGAUUCUGUACUUUUACUGAGUUUAAUACAGUUUUACACUUUUUUUUUGUUGCCUAAAAUGACCUGAAGUACAUUCUGUAAGUUAUGAUACCCAUAAUUAUCUCAGUGUUGCAGCCAGUGACUCAGAUCACCUGUUGAGUAGAGGUCUUCACAAGUCCAAAGUUCUGCCCUGCUUGUAAGGGAUUCAUCAGUGUUCCACUUCUGCUGAGUAUACGGACGCUACAGGAAAUGGAUAUAAAUUGUGUGCAGAUCACUCACUUGUGUAUCGUCUUAGAUGGCCAUCAUUUACAGUUUAAAAAAAAAAAAUCCAAUAUGGUCACCAAAUAUACCUGGACAGUCCUCCCAGGUAGAGUGUAUGUGUAGGAAUCACCAACAUCUUGCAAGGUGGGGAAAGGAGGAUGUUCCUAAGGACCCUCCCCAAGUGCAUGCUGGGAUAGGCUUCAGCCCCUUGAGGGAGAAGUGGAAAGGAUGAUAGACGGUCCUCAGUCCAGUUAAUUGCCUCAACAACAAAAGCAAGAUUUUGACCAUAAUGACAUGUGAUCAAAGCUGAAAGCGAGUCUCCUCAGAUCCACUUAGUGCAGCACAUCAGACCCCAAAUCCAACACAGUCCCCUCUACCUUUUUGAAGACCUCUACCUCGUUGUUCUUGAGUCGGCAGUCACAACAUUUUUGCUGCAAGUCCUGAAAGUAAAGUUACCGAGCUCUCAGCAGAGGUAAAAUAAAGAGACAGAGUGAAGGACUUCUCUGAGGACCUUUACUACGGGGAGUCAGAGCUGAAUGGAGAACAGGAGGCUAAUUGAAUGUGGUGGGAGCUCCAGCUCAGUGUGCAGGUGUGUGCCUGAUGUCUCUCUGCUGACAUAUUUCAAUCUCUACAGAACUAUUCAACUGCAAACAAAGACAAAUCAAGUUCCUCACUGCCAAUAAAUGGAGGUCUGCUCCUCACAAAGGGCCUUCUACAGGUUAACACAGCUGGCAGGUACAUUAGCUUCAGCCUGCUGAAACAUCAACCUGAUGGUGUUGGUCACAGGGUCUCCACCUCCUCAUCUUCUCCUGACGGUAAACUCCAUAGAAAGCACUUAGACUGUUGGUCCAUGAACUAUAUCUAAUCUAAAGGAGGGCUGACUCUUUUAGAUUAGACUGCCCUUUGAAAGCAUUUUUAUUUUUUUGGUUUGCCUUUUGAUCUAUAUAUUUAAAAAUGGACCUAACAUUUGAGAACCUGGGCUUGGAAACAGCCACCUUCUAACUUGUUUUUUCUGAGUUUGUGAGAAGUUCAAGAGAAGAAAAUGCCUCUGAUGUAAACUCUAUUACAAAACAGACAGAUUUACUGUAGCGGUACUUUUGAAAAACCCAUUUACUCUUGACUUUCAAACUCAACAUUAGCACUUGUUAAAACUGACAUACCAUGGCUGCACCGAACUGUCAAAGCAAACUACCUUGUUACACCUGAGGGCUUUAAUGUAGGGGCCGAGUAUAGAAACAGGUCACUUCAGUGAUCCAGCAGACUAGGCCUUUGUAACACAGAUAGAGCCGAUUGACAUUCUCUUAUCACGUCCUGUGACAGUUAAGAGGGUCACAAGGGACGGCCAGAAGGAUCUGAGUGGAGUACUUCAUCUCAGUGUCCGUUUCUUCCUCAACACAACCUCUUCACCUCGCCAGCUCUCUGCAGUCUCACACACCUUUAGUUGUCAGGAAGUGAUAAGAAGUUUGCCUGUAGGGAAGGAAAAUGCACAGACCACCAUCAAUCAAAAAAUGCAUCUCUGGAAUUCAUUUGUUUGGAGAGAAAAAAAUCAAUUGAUGCAAAAAAAAACAUGUCACAAAGAAAAUGAUAUCAUACAUGACUGUUAUAUCACUCAAUAUAUAGCAAACUGUUUUAUAUAUCAUCUAAAAUACACAGAAAGAGAAAGAACAAAUGUGGACGAGCUUUUCAUUCCUUAAAAAAAGAGCAUAGCAUUUGGCAUCUCUAAAAAGAUUUCCUGUAAAAGUUCAAAUAUCCAGAAAGAUGUUGAACAAGGCUCAUAGAUGUUCUGAAUGUUCUCCUGCUGUCUGUAAAGACUGAAUGAGCCGUCUUGAUUUAAAAUAUGAAGAAAGAAAAAAACAUUGUAAAUGAUAGCCGGAUUUGGAAAGACAAAGAAAAAUGUCUGAACUCAUGAAACAGUAAUAAUGGAAAAUCUCUUUCUACUUGUUCUUGAUUCUUUCCUACAUUUGAGAUUUUAGAUCGUUUUUUCUUUUUUUUUCUUUGCCCUUCUCACGUACUUGAGGUUGAUUUGUUUCUUUAUGGACAUGUCAUGACAGAUCAGUCCUGACCAGCGUCUGUCUGAUUUGAAACUGUGUGUGAUGUAGAUUUCUUUUCAACCCAUGAAAUCCCAAUAUUCUUAAAACUUUGUCAAAUUAAUGUAAACACUGGACCUGUUUAGUUCACCAGAAAUCAGGUAUCAGUGUGCACUACCUUAAACUUUAAAACUUAAAUUCUUUUAAAUGGACAAACAAUUGUUGAUAAUUAAACUUCUCCUUCUGGAGAAGUUCAAAUUGAGCAAUAACAGGCCAUCUUAUGCUAAAAGCUAACAAGUUUGUUUUAACAGAAAGCCUGGGAAAUGUCAUUCCUCGUGCUUUCAUUUGGUUUUAGAGUCCCUUACACAUUCAAAGCAUUGCUGAGUUUUUUUCAGUGACUUUCUGAGUUCUUACAAAGGUUAGCCAUAUGUCAUGAAGAAAUCAUGCUUCUCUGUACCACCUGUAUGCGAUGUGAUACAUUUUCUUUCUAUACUGGCAGAUGAUGAGAAAUGAAAGAUAAAAUGCUAGAAGUUGAAGCACAGCUUCUGUGUUGCCCAUCUGAGUAUACAACUCUGUAAGUGACCACAGUUGGAUUGAACCAGGAAUAUAAACCCCCUCCCCCCUCCUGUCCUCCAACAGGCAGCAGCUGGCGAGGUCUCCUCUGUAUCUGUUCUAGUGGUUUUCUCUUUCAAUGUUUUUACGCUACACACUACAAUAAAGUGUCGUCCCCCCCCUGUUGAUAUACCCCUCCCCACCUGACAAUAAUGUAUCAAAUCUUUAAAUAUUAUCAUGUUAAGAGUAUACUUUAUGCAAAUAUAUAUGAGUAUGAUGAGUGUAUUGUAUGUAUCAGCAGUGAAAUAUUUUUAAAAUAAAAUUAUUGGUUUCUGUCAA